AUGUCGAUGACUGUUGAUAAGGCUGACUCUAUCCGUAAAAGUAGGUGGGAUUUGGAACUUUCACGUGAACAGCAACUGUAUGCUGCAACUGAUGCUUAUGUGUCCUUGGCUAUUUACAACAAGUUGAGAGCCAAACAAAGUCAAGUGGCUUAAAGAAGAAAGAAGUCAAAGAAAUCAAAUUUUCUGAUGCCAUGGCUCAUGUUGUACAUGUUUGGAAUGUCGGGCGUAUGACAUAUACGCCUGCUCUUCGUCUCCAAAAGCAUUUGACUGAACGCUACAAGAGUGCCAUUGAUAGCUCAUCCAAUACAAAGUCUAUCAAUGACAUUCUUCUUCUAGUAGAGCAUGAUCCAGUUUAUACUGUUGGAAUCAGAAAUAGAGAAUAUGAUAAGAAAGAAGAAAUGAGAUUAAAGAACCUUGGCGCUGAGUUUCACAGGACCAACCGUGGUGGUUUGAUUACUUUUCAUGGUCCAGGCCAGCUUGUGGCUUAUCCAAUUAUGAACUUGAAAAAUUUAGAGAAUCCAGGUGUUCGUUGUUAUGUCAGUGCAAUAGAAGAAACCAUAAUAAUGAUGUGCAAAGCAUUUGGCAUCAGGGCUGAAAGGUCACCACACACGGGUGUGUGGGUCGCUGACAACAAGAUCUGUGCCAUUGGUAUUCAUGCUAGUCGAUAUAUAACGUCUCAUGGACUGGCGUUAAACUGCAAUACAGAUUUAAAAUGGUUUGAGCACAUUGUACCCUGUGGUAUUGAGGGCAAAGGAGUAACGUCACUGACAAGAGAACUUGGUUUGGAAAUGUCAAUAAAUAGAACAAUUCCGCACUUUCUUAGGAGCUUUAGUUCAACUUUUAAAUGUAAACUUCAGCCUUUGCCUCAAGAAAGUGCUGAGCUUCUAAUAGCAGGAAUUCAAUAAUAUGAUGUCUGUAAUGAUCUGUUCUAGUUCAGGAAAGUUAGCUAUUGGUAAUUAAAUUGGAAGUGUUCAAA